AUGGAUGACACAGACGACCAACAACCUGUAGAUCAGGACAUUCCUGUAUCUUCACAGCCAAGUCAACAUACAGCAAAGAAGGCAUCUUCAUCACAAGCUGCACCUACCUCUUCAGGUCAGCCAAAGGCUACACUCAACAACAAUAUGAGUGAGGACCCAAAGAUGAAGUCAUCGAUUAUGAGAGUGUUGGUAGCGACAGAUAAUCAUCUUGGAUACUUGGAGAAGGAUCCAAUUAGAGGAGAUGAUUCAUUCAAUUCAUUCGAAGAGAUAUUACAGUAUGCACAUAAGCUUAAGGUGGAUAUGGUACUACUUGGUGGUGAUCUCUUUCAUGACAACAAACCAUCGAGGUCAUGUCUAUACCGCACGAUUGAACUCUUCAGAAAGUACUGUCUAGGUGAUACACCCGUCAAGAUUCAGUUCCUCAGUGAUCAAACCGUUAACUUCUGUAACAAGUUCCACACAGUCAACUAUGAGGACCCAAACUUCAAUAUAUCUUUACCAGUGUUCUCUAUUCAUGGCAAUCAUGAUGACCCAACUGGUGAAGGAGGACUGGCAGCAUUGGAUCUACUCAGUGUAUCAAACUUGGUCAACUACUUUGGCAAGACAGAGGACAUUGAUGAUAUCUCUGUCUACCCACUGCUGCUCUCAAAGGGCGAGACUAAAUUGGCAAUCUAUGGAUUGGGCAACAUUAGAGACGAGCGACUCUAUCGAACGUUUCAGAAGCAGCAGGUCAAGAUGAUGCGACCGAUCGAGUCCAAGGACGAGUGGUUCAACAUUCUGGUGCUGCAUCAGAACAGAGUGGCGCACAACCCCAAGAACUAUGUACACGAGCAGAUGAUUGAUAACUUUAUCGACUUUGUCGUCUGGGGACACGAGCACGAGUGUCUGAUCAAUCCUCAGGCGUCGGCCGUUGGCGAGUUCCACAUUACACAACCCGGAUCGUCUGUAGCCACAGCCCUCUCAGAGGGCGAGUCCAAGGAGAAGUUUGUCGGCUUGCUCGAGGUGUACAAGAACCAGUUCAGAUUCAAGACGCACCCGCUAACCACUGUCCGCCCCUUUAUCCUCGACAAUCUGGUGUUGGCCGACAGCAAGAUCAACCCUGCACAGCCAACCGAGGUGGUUGACUACAUUGCACAAAAGGUGGACUCUAUGAUCGAGCUGGCCGCCGAGCGCUCACAGGGCAAGCCCACAGAGAAGAUGCUGCCGCUCAUUCGUCUCAAGAUCGACUACACAGGCUACAGCACGACCAAUCCACAAAAGUUUGGACAACGUUAUGUUGGCAAGGUGGCCAAUCCCAACGACAUCCUGUUGUUCACGAGAAAGAAGUCUACCGUCGUCAUACCAAAGGGUAAGGAACCAGCACCAAAGGAUGAAACGAUCAGAGUGGAGGACUUCAUUCCCGAGUUCCUAAACAACACUGCCGCCGAUCGACUCAGCAUCAUUUCCGAACCUGACCUAGUGGUCGCGCUACACAACUUUGUCUACAAAGAGGAGAGUGACUCAAUACUUGCUCUGGCAGACCUGGCAAUAUCAAAGGCACAACAAUUCUUGAGGAGGAAAGUUGAUGUCAAGGAUGCACAUCAGGCUCAUGUUUUGAAGGUCAUUGAGGAGAACUUACCUUUGAAUGUGCUGGCAGUGGAUAAUAUGAUGACACCUGUCUUUGGCAAACUGGCAAAGCAAAAGGGAGCAGCAGCGAAUGGUGAAGACACAGAGGAUGAAGAAGACGACAAGGACAAAUAUGCGGUAGACGACGAUUUCGAUGAGGACUCGCACAAGGACCACAAUCACCACCAUGCAUCUGGAGCAAUGAACGACAAUGACGACGAUGAAGACGACACCAAUGAUGGCCUAUUCGACACCACUGCAUUAUUCAAAACACCGACAUCAGCACAAAAGAAGACACCAGCAAGAGCCACGGCAUCAGCAAAGAAGACGCCAGCAUCAACUCCUCCAUCAUCAGGUGGCAGAGGCAAGAAGAGUGCCAACAACUCACCAUACUCAACACCAUAUCAAUCACAAUCACAAUCACAAUCAUCAAUCGUUGUCAGUGAUGACGAAGACAACUAUGCUGUUGAUGAUCAGGACGACGAUGAAACCAAGUCACCAUCACAUAAGAAGAGAACAAAGAAAUCCGAUCCAUCACCAACAACCAAGUCCAAGAAAUCUAGAACAAGUAAAUAG